AUGACUUCUGAGUCUAAGGAAACCGGGGCGAAACAGCCCCCAUCCGCCACUUUCAUCGAGGAUGCCCGCGGCGAUGACAGGGAGGCCAAAGACGUGAUCGUCGAUGCGGCCAGCCAAGGUCAGGCUGUCACCGGCUACGAGAGGUUGACGCCCUGGGAAACGAUCAAGACUUUCAAAGUCUGUUUUGUCAGGCAGUUCGCUACCGAAUCCAACGAUGACGGCUCCCCCGCCCUAGCCUCACCCAUUCUGGCAGGCUGGAGCUCUAUCCAGUCCGUCGGCCAGAUCAUCGGCAUGGUUGGCUUGUCCUUCAUCUCCAGCCGAUUCGGUCGCAAGGUUGCCAUGUUCAGCUACUGGUCCAUCCUCGCCGCUAGCGUCCUCGCCGAGAGUCUUGCCCGCCGGUGGGAGGUUUGGCUGGUAGCCAAGUUGCUCGCUGGUAUCGGCGUCGGCUGCAUGCAGACUACGCUUCCCACUUAUAUCUCCGAAGUGGCGCCCGUGCGGAUUCGCGGCGGCCUGCUCAUGCUUUACAGCUUCUGGUGGACCGUCGGGACUUUCUUCGCCUACAUCGCCAUGCAGACCAUGAACAGAAAAAUGCCGACUCAUUACCUCGAACCCAUCUACACCCAAUGGGCCCAGAUCGGCCUCAUGCUGUUCAUUUAUCUGUUCCUACCCGAAUCUCCCGCUUGGUGCGUCACGCGCGGCGACACGGCCGGCGCUCGAAAGGCCUUGCUGAAGCUCAAUUCAGACGUCAAGGACUACAACGUUGACCGACAGAUAGAAGUUCUAGUCUUGAAUAUCGAACACGAGAAAGCCAUCGCCAUUGAGCAAAAGAGGGAGCAUUGGUACGCCAUCUUCCGUGGGGUGGACGGCUUGCGGACCGUCAUUGCUCUCUGGACGAACCUCUCCCAACAGUUCCUAGGUCUCGCCCUCUUCUCCACCUUUGGUACAUACUUCUUCCAACAGGCCGGUCUUUCCGAUCCGUUUUCGAUCAAGUGCAUCACGUCUUCCAUCAACAUUGCCACCAACAUCGUCAUUGUCGGUCUUGCAGAUAUCAUUGGUCGCCGUCGUAUUGCCUGUUAUUCCACGACACUCAUGUGGCUCGCCUGCAUUCUCAUCGGCAUACUCGGCGUCGCACCCAAGGUGAAAGCCACUAAUUAUCUUUUGGUGCUCUUUACCUGCUUCUGGAAUAUGGGCCUCACCGCAAACGGCGCGGCCGGCUGGGGUUUCAUCGGCGAAAUCUCGUCUCAGCGCCUUCGUCCGUAUACCGCCGGUUUUGGCGCCGCGACCACGUGCGUUGCCGGUAUCGCAAUGGGACAGCUUACACCUUUCAUGGUGAACAGGAACGAAUGGAACUGGGGCCUCAAGACCGGGUGGUUCUACGGAGGCGUCGGUCUAAUCUUCGCCUCGGGCAUGUGGUUCCUCAUCCCCGAAACCGCCGGGCGAUCUGCUGCCGAGCUUGACGAGCUCUUCCAUCGCAAGAUUAAGCCCUGGCGUUUCCACAAGACCGAAACCGCUACCCAGCGCCUCGUCAGAAUUGAAAAGGAGGAGGCGGUGACAAAGUCAUAA